UUCUAGUGCGAACUUGGUAAGUGCGAAAACGAAACGGAAAAUACUCCCCAAAUCUAGAAAUUCCUUCGUCGUUCUGAUUUUGCGGUUACAUUCCUUCACCGACUUUUUAUCUUUCUACUUAGCCUCUGAAUUCACAGAGAUUAGAGCUGAUUCUGAGGUUUCUUCACGGAAUCAGAUCAGAUGGCAGAAGAGAGAAUUCCGUCGCGGUAUGUGAAGCUGACGAAAGAUCAAGCGCCUCUGGAGGACAUUAAGCCUGGCGAGCUCAAUCAGCCGAUCCAAGUUCCACAGUUGGCUUGUCGGAAGUGUAAUGAAUGUGGGCAGCCUUUACCUGAAAGCUUUGAACCUCCUGCUGAUGAACCUUGGACGACUGGGAUAUUUGGCUGUGCUGAAAACACAGAAAGUUGCUGGACAGGACUUUUUUGCCCAUGUGUUCUCUUCGGACGUAAUGUUAAGAGAUUGAGAGAAGAUACUCCCUGGACCACCCCAUGCAUCUGUCAUGCCAUAUUUGUUGAGGGUGGCAUUGCACUUGCAGCAGCCACAGCAGCAUUCCAUGGUAUUGACCCAAGGACAUCCUUCCUUUUAUGUGAGGGGUUGUUGUUUAGUUGGUGGAUGUGUGGAAUAUACACUGGUCUCUUUCGGCAGUCACUGCAAAAGAAAUAUCAUCUCAAGAACUCGCCAUGUGACCCGUGCAUGGUGCACUGCUGCAUGCACUGGUGUGCCUUGUGCCAGGAGCACAGGGAGAUGCAGGGACGUCUAUCAGACAAUGUUGCCAUGCCAAUGACCAUCGUUAAUCCUCCUCCUGUCCAAGAGAUGAAUGCUGCUGGUGACAACCAGGAUUCUGCACCAUCCUCUGCAAAUGGCAUUGAGCAGACAAAUCUAGAAAUGCAAGCUUUGUAGGAUUCACCAUUGUUGAGGAAAAAGUAAACAGGGAAGAGCACAUCUGGUAUGCUUCAAAAGAUGAAAACGUGUUGGGAGCCCGGGGCGAGGUGUAUUUAUGAGUGACUCAAUUUUAUCAGAAGUUUUGAGUUGCCUUCAUACUGAAGUCAAUGAGGAACACCGAGUGUUUAUACUCAUUCUGAUGCAGAAAACUUGUGUUUUUCUUUGUUAAACAGUGCAGAUUCCUUGUUAAGGUGUCGUUUCAUACCAUACAUUAUUAUCAAUAUAAAUGAAACAAAAUUAAUUGACG